AUGGCACAAACAGAGACUUUGCUCAGCGACUACAUCAACUUCAAUGACCAGAAUGUUGGUUUAAGUGGUGGUGAGCUGAUCAAUAAGGAUCUCACUUUCUGUGCCGCCGCCGCAAUCAGCCGUCUUUGUGAUGAGCAGGAAAAGGGCAUAAACAUAGAUGAGUGUCUCCAACAAAGAGAAGAGUUCAAGUUCAUCAAGGAGCUCGAUGUGGUCUCUGAGGUCUAUACUACUGCUCCCAUCAGCAAGCAAAAGGAGCUCAAGUCAACAGCCCCCAUUCUCGCAUGGUCUAAUCGCCUUCAAACAGUCUUCUUGGGCAUUAGUUGCACUCGCGAUAUGAACGAUCCCAAGCUGAACCUGAAUGUUCGUGCUCAAGCGGCUGAUGCUGUUGGCUCCCGUUUUUAUCAAGGCCUUAUCGACAGAGGCAGGGAGUUUGUACCGCUUAUUGAAUGGCUCACGCGACAAUACAAAUUGGUUGUCUGUGGCCACAGCUUUGGAGGUGCUCUGGCAACCGCUUCGUCUUACCUUGCCAUAUUCGACCAUCAAUCUGUUCCCAAUGCAUGGGAAGAAAGUCAACACGGCAUUUCCGUCAUCACAUUCGGAUCACCCUCAUGUCAUUUUGCUGAGCCUCAAGGGACUUCGACUUCCUGGAAGAUGCACCUCAGCAGAAACUUCCACCAUGUCAUCAAUCCCCAUGAUUACGUCCCUUUUGCACUCAAUGAUGCAUCAAGAAGAUUUAAACAUAAUUUGAAUGCAAUAAGAACCCCAUUGGAGACUAUCUCACCUACGAUCAAAAUGUUUUGGCCGAUUUUCGAAAACUGCCUUGAUUUUCUCCUCGAGAAGAAGGGAAAGUUCUGCCACUUCGGAUGCAUGUACUCCAUCGCCACCGAGACACCGGGUAUUCAGAACUGCCUCCAAAUACGGAGUGCCGAUGAUCUCCCCCAGAUUCCUGGCCCACGAGAAGUGGAUGAGCACCACAAGAUGUCACACUACUUCCAUUGUGCCAAGGGAUUCAUCGGUGCUCGACUACCACAAGAGACUCUUUCAGAGAGCUAUGGCGAUAUCGACCCCGAAGAAUUUCCCUCAAUGAUACUCCCGAUGCCUGCCACUGUGACAAACUGCUCUUGCGUGGUCGAGAAUGAUCGACUUACGGUGUCCUUCAAUGUCAACACUGCUAUCAUUCAGUAUCUUCUCAGAGAAGCAUUAUUUAUGAAGGGCGGAAACGAGAUUCCUCUUACUGUCAUCGGCUGCAUUCAACAUCCGGAAGACAACUGCCAAGCUUCUGUUGUGCUGGAAUACAAGAUCGAGGAUAACAAAGUGUUCGACCAUGUUGGCAAAGCAUCUAUCGCCCUUCAACAAGGUAUCACGCUCCGAGACAUAUUUGGCCGAUCGACACCUGUCAGAGUUGGUAGCGUGAAGCAUCUGAGUCUUGAUAAGGCCAGCCAGCCUGAAAUUCUAGAGAGUAUUCGACUUGCUAUGGUACGUGCACUGGUAGCCCAGACAUCCAAGGUACAAAGUAUAAGGACACAGGACGCCUCCAUCAAUGCCGAUACCCCCGGAGAUGUCACCGAGUUAGACGAAAAGGUCAGAGUCGUGGUGGAUCGUAUCGACAGCCUAGUCAGUGAUGCUAGCCCGCACCUUGUCAUCAAACAAAUGGGACAUGCCUUCGAAAUUCUCAAAGCCCUUUGGCCUAGAGAUUUUGAAACUGAUCAAGAUUACAUUGUUUCUGUUCCUGGACAAUGGGAACUAGAUGAAUCUGAUACUGGGAUUCUUCGCGAUGUCCCCGUUGACUGUCCGCGUGUGCUCCGGCAGCUCAUUGCAAACAUGUUUGAGAAUCAAAGGGGCACCACAAUCACUCAAGCUGGAGCUUCUCUCAAGGCGUGGACGAACGCAAAGAGGCCGACAUUGACACAGCAAUUCGCCAAUGUACCCACCCUCGCCCAUGCACUUGAGAUCUUCAGUCACGAUCUUUAUCAUCGGCCAACAGACUCUUCUAGGCGCACGGAACAGGCAAUUUCCCAGUUUCAAGACGUCAUGGGAGUCAUCCAGCUUUGCCACCUGGUCAUAAUCACUCAGCUUGAUGCGCCGUACGAGUGGUACUGCAAAUCGACCGAAGGUCGCAAAAAGACUUCGGCGGCAUUGGGCAUUCUGCCGAGCUACCUCUCAUGGAGCUCUGCCCCAGCGUUGUUGGAGACCGUUGGGUUAAGCGCCUUAUCUGUCUCUGGUUUGGCUGUGGCAGGAGGUAUGAGUGCCAUGUACUACAGCUAUCGCAUUAUCAACCACCUUCUCCAUCUUCACAGCGAGUAUCUCGACUUGUCGUUUCCAGGAGUGCUGGCUGCCACUCUCCAAGCUCUUGGGCUCCCCCCAGCUAAACCAGGCGACAUGGUUGAGAAAACACUGUUGAACCACUUGGAGGAUGAUGCACUGACCCCACGCACGCCAGAGACACUGGAAAAAUGGAGAGUCAAGCUUGAGAAGGGCCUCGAAGAUUACCCUGGGGCCAAGGACAACCAGUGGUCCAUCAUCCCUGAUCACUUUUGGGCGAAAUGGCUCUUCACCGUUACUGAGGUAGCCCAACUUCGGAUUCAGCUGUUGGAUAAGAUCUGUAUCGGGGUACAGGGCUCCACGGAAGCCGGUAAGAGCCAGAUGCUGACGGUUCUAACCGGGGCGUCCAGGAACCACUUCAAACCAGGAUCUAGCAGUUUGUGCAGGACACUGGGAAUUCAAUCCUAUAACUCUAGCGAGCUAGGCGCGAUAUUCCUUGACAGUCCUGGAUUUGAUGACCAGAUGCCACAGAUCAAGUAUAUGGCCGACGUUUACCAAGAGCUGUUUGCCAUUGUGAUCAUUGUGAUUCCUAUGGAACGUACACGUUCCGAGGCAACGGAAAGCGCUCUGCGCAUAGCUGUCAAAUCGCUUCUCAAUCGCGAUGAUAAACGCCCUUUGCGAAUUCUUUUGAGUCAAGCAGAUAAGCUAGACUUUCAUCGAAACAACAAGGAAGUGUUCAAAGCCACCCUCAACGACGUCAAACAUCAGUUCAUGUCAAAAUUGAAGAGAGAAGUAGGUGAAAACUUUACUACUUUUAGACAACAGAGGUUUGGUGAUGGUAUCGUCUGUGUCCCAGAAACGCUUGAAGAUAUUGUGAAGCCAUUUUCGACUCACGCCCAGAUGGAUUUGGAUGGCAUCAGGGCACUUGCGGAUUGUGGCUCAAAAUAUUCCUGCAAGAUUGAACGGGCGAGCCAUUUUGAGAACUUGUGUGAGCUGGCUGAUGCUGGAGAGAUAUGGGACAUUGAGUCACUCCGCUCAUGGCUUUGGGACCUCUCGCCUAAUAGUGUUCCGAUGUCCAGCGGGCGGAUUGGCCUCUCGGCCGUCGUUAUUCUUGCGGUUCUCUUUCAGGUUUAUCUCAAAGAGGCAGUAUGGCUUGGAUUUGGUAUUGGAAAGGUCAUACAUCCAAUUAGUGACUUUCCUUAUACAUGCCGCAAGAUCGUCGAUCCGCGCAUGGAAGCGUGCGAAGAUAUGUGGUUGUCUAAGUCUACAAGGCAAUUAUUCCUUGCGUGUUCGGACCCAAUUGCGCGAAGUGCGUGGUUUCCGCAUGUUGGCGCGUUUAACAUUACGGGUCGUUCGCAGAGAGACUCUGUCGUAGCUCUGGACAUUGAUACGCCUGUUGGAAACGGCUUUGAGCUUCGAACUCUCAAGACAACAGAGUUCUCUGGGACUUCUGGCGAUGGACUCAUCAACGUCGCUGGCUUCACUGGCAUUGAAAACUCUGAUGGUAGCAUCGACUUGUUGGUGACUAACAUGCGACCGUCGGUUGAUCCCGAGAGCGGAGAGUACCUGGAUCAGUUUGUUCAUGGGGCCAACACCACGAUUGAACAUUUCACGACUGUUGCUGGAGUGAAUGAGCUGAAGCAUGUCCGUACUGUUGCCGAUAGUGGUGUCGUUACCCCUAACCGGGUUGCUGUCAUGGAUGAUAAGACAUUUUAUGUCUCGAAUGAUCAUGGUCCUCACAAGAUGGGCUGGCGUCACCAUAUGUCUGCUAUCCUGGGCUAUGCCAACAUCAACGUCUGCAAGCCCAACACCCCUUGCAAAGAAGUCUCCAGCAACCUCAAAUUUCCCAAUGGUCUUGCUAUUCACGAAAACACUCUCUAUGUGCCAGAUUCGAUAACUGGCACUCUCACAAUCUACAACAUUCUGCCUAAUAGAGACCUCGAAAAGGUGGACGAGAUCAAGCUUAACUAUGGGCUAGACAACGUUUCCGUCGAUGAGAACGGUGAUCUUUGGAUCGCUGCUUUCCCUAUUGGUAUUGAGAUAUAUAAAGCUAACAAUGACCCGUACAAUGCGCACCCACCUUCUGCUGUUUUGAGAGUCAAAAAGGUUGACGGGGAGUGGAAGGUAGAUAAGGUGCUUGAGGACAAGGAUGGAGAGAUCUUGCCGGCUGCUACGACGGCUUUGCAUGAUGCGAAGACUGGAAGAAUCUUCUUUAGCAGUGUCAUUUCACCGUGGAUCGCGGUCUGUGAGCCAAAGGCUUGA